AUGGGAGAUGGAAACGCAGAGACGCAACUUGACGGUGCCUCUGGGCCACGUCUAGGGGAGAGCGUUGUGCCAGCCAACUACCACAAGAGAAAUAGUACCGGCAGCAUUGGAAUCCCCGGUUCCUUACUCUCGAGGUUCUCGUUUUCGCGCAUGAAUUCCCACGACGCUACGAAGAAAACACAUGACAGGGCCGAGGGGGAAGAGGAAGGGGAUGGGGAUGACAGUGGUGGCAAGAUGCGGGCGACAGCCCAGCAGCAGAUGGGGGGGUCGCGGCUAAAGGUUCCAGAUAGGGCUAUGGCCAGCAUGUUGAAUCUACAGAGGAGAAAGACACGGAGGAGAAAAGGCUCGUUGAGGAAGACUGCGUUGCUUGGUACGGGGAUGUUGCGGAUGGAAGGGAAGGAAAGGUUUUCCAGUGGUGGUACAGUGUUGAAGCGAGCAACAGGGAUAUUUCUCGAUCAAUACGAUGGGACGGGGGACAGAGAGGAGAAUAGUGGCGGAGGGGACAAGAGCUUCGAAGAUGGAAAUAUUGGUCUGAAUGCUGCUGCAGAGGUUAAACCACAGUUGCCUCAACUUCAGCAGCGGAUCUCGGCCUCAUUUGAGGACGGCGAGUCUACUCCUCGACGAAGCUUUAGUCUUUCAAGUACGCUUGCUAUCAACAGCGAAGACUCGCUCUCCACACCAUGGAGCCAAACUCAGCUGGGGGAACAGCAGAAGCAGCAGUUGCGACACUCCCUGAUAGGCACUGAUUCUUUCCCAAAUCCCGCACCUGGAGGGCUGCCCAGUGCAUCGAAUUCCAUUCAUCAGGAUGACGCUACAACAGACGAUGAGGACGGGCUCUCCCUACCUCGACGAAACACAUCCAACUUCUCUCGUCUCUCGAGCAAAACAAGCAACAGCAGCAUAUCUACCUCGCCCAUUAUACCACCUCGACGUAUCCCACUACAGCCUCUACAGACAGCUUCUUCUAGCUCGGAGUCCUUCUUCAAACAUACGGGCGUCAUGGUACAGCGCUCACGCUCAGCUUCUCAGCGGAUCCGCUCACCAUUAGCCACGUCAAAUACAGCCGAAAUAACCAGCCCUUCAGAAGUAUGGGACUACUCUGAAACGGAGUGGUGGGGCUGGAUUAUAUUGAUAGUUACCUGGUUGGUCUUUGUUGUCGGUAUGGGCAGCUGCCUUGGGGUCUGGAGCUGGGCGUGGGAUGUUGGAGAAACCCCCUACGCGCCACCUGAGCUGGAGGAUGAUGCCACUCUUCCGAUUGUAGGCUAUUACCCUGCAUUGAUAGUUUUGACCGCUGUGAUGGCUUGGGUUUGGGUGGUGGUUGCUUGGGUGGGCAUGAAAUAUUUCAGGCACGCAAAUAUUUCGGGAGAUGAUACAUGA